AAUACUCAGUUGCUCCAUCCUUCACUCGCACACGCACACUUAUACACAGUCACACACACUUACACAUCGUCACACACACUCAUGGAGUAUUCUUUCAGCCUGUUGAUUUUCACCUGGACCGUAUUACCAGGUCUGUGCGGUGGCUUCAAUAUCGACGUGAAGAGGACAAAGGUCAUGCGUGGGCCUGAGGAUACACACUUUGGAUACACCGUCCAGCAGCACCAGGCCAAGGGACAACAAUGGUUGCUUGUAGGAGCCCCGUUUGAGAGCAGUGGAGAGCACCAGACUGGAGACGUGUACAGAUGCCCCAUGGACACCCAGCCUGAUGCCCAGUGCACCCGCCUCGAUUUGGGGAGCAAUUCUAUGGGGUUACCCUCGGGCCGCAAAGACAAGAUGAGAAUUGGAAUGUCACUAGCAGCCAAUCCUAAUGACGGGAGUUUUGUGGCGUGUGGUCCCAUGUGGUCGUAUGAGUGUGGGAGUGCAUACUACAGCACAGGUGUUUGUUCUCGCGUCGACAGCUCCUUCCAGGUCACCAACAGCAUUGCCCCGGCCUUCGUGCGAUGUGAGACGUUCAUGGACAUUGUGAUCGUUCUGGACGGCUCCAACUCCAUAUACCCUUGGUACGAGGUGCAGGAGUUCCUCAUCAACGUCCUGAAGAAGUUCAGCGUAGGCUCAGGGCAGACCCAGGUGGGGAUCGUACAGUACGGCCAGAGUGUGGUGCAUGAGUUCUACCUGGACGACUACCACUCAGUGGAGGAGGUGGUGGACGCAGCCCAGAACAUCCAGCAGAGGGGCGGGGAGGAGACGCGCACAGCCCUGGGCAUCAGCUGGGGGUCCCGGGCCUUCAAGCGUGGCGGUCGAGAAGGCGCCAAGAAAGUGAUGAUCGUGAUCACAGACGGAGAGUCACAUGACAGCGUUGACCUUCAGCAGGCUGUGGAGGACAGCGAGAGGGACAACAUCACACUCUACGGAAUAGCAGUGCUGGGCUACUACAACCGGCGUGGCAUCAACCCGGAGGCCCUCCUCAAGGAGAUCAAGUUCAUCGCCACGGACCCCGAGGAGCACUUCUUCAGUGUGACGGACGAGUCCGCCCUCAAGGACAUAGUGGAUGCCCUCGGAGAGAAGAUCUUCAGCCUCGAAGGUACCAACAAAAACAAGACGUCCUUUGAGCUGCAGAUGUCCCAGGCUGGGUUCUCCACACACAUAGUAGAGGAUGGCGUGGUGGUGGGGGCGGUGGGGGCGUAUGACUGGAACGGGGCGGUGCUGAAGCAGUGGGCUCAUGGGAAAGUCAUCCCUCCCAAAUCCUCCUACAGCAGAGAGUUCCCAGAGAGCCUGAAGAACCAUGCAGCCUACCUAGGCUACACAGUGAACUCUGUGAUGUUAGCUUCACAAGGUCGUGUGUACGUAUCAGGCGCUCCACGCUUCAACCACACAGGAAAGGUCAUCGUCUUCACCCUACAGAACAACGCCAAUCUCACCAUCUUAAAGUCGCUUACAGGACAUCAGAUCGGCUCGUACUUUGGCAGUGAGAUGACCCCUCUGGACGUGACAGGGGACGGAGUGACAGACUUCCUGGUGGUGGCGGCACCCAUGUUCUUCAGCAGGGGGCUGGAGAGGGGCAGAGUCUAUCUGUACCGAGUGGAUGAGGAGCUCCGGUUCUCUGCAGUGGGCUGGCUUGAGGGCCAGGAGCAGAACUCUCGCUUCGGUUCUGCUUUGGCCGAGGUGGACGACCUCAACGGAGACGGCUAUAAUGACCUGCUGGUGGGCGCACCUCUGGAAGACGAGCACCGGGGGGCGCUCUACCUCUUCCACGGCCGCCCUGACGGGGUUCACCCCCAACACAAACAGAGGAUAGGUGCUGUGGAGGUGGACUCUGGCCUUCGGUACCUGGGCUGCAGUAUCCAUGGACGGACGGACGCCAACGGAGAUGGACUGGUGGAUAUUGCCGUGGGAUCAUUGGGCGCUGUGGUGUUGCUAUGGUCUCGUGCCGUGGUGCGUGUCCAUCUGAGCGUGACCUUUGAGCCGGCCAAGGUCAACGGCUUCCAGAAGGACUGUCACCACAACGGGAAGGACGUCACCUGCAUGGCAGCCAUUGUGUGUGUGUCAGUCACCGCACACACACCGCUGCCACCAUCACAAGCCGUAGGUCUGCGACGGAGUGUAUAUUUGGAUGAGGAACGCUUCUCUGCUCGUGCCUCUCUCGAUGAGCCAGAGACUCAUCUUCACUCCAACAUCUCGGUGAUGCCCGACUCACCCCACUGCCAACGCCUCCCCUUCCACGUCCAGGAGACGUCAGAUUACAGUCCUCUGAUGUUCCGGGUGGCGGUGGCCCUCCAAGACCCAGACCAGGGACCCCUCAUAGACCCAGACUGGCCCAGCAGCCUACGCACAGAGCUGCCUUUCUGGAAUGGCUGUGAAGAGGAUGAGCACUGUGUCCCCAACCUGAUAUUACAUGCACACACGGAUCUACUGGACCGCAGGCAGUUCUGUGCGCAGACGAGGUGUAGGGGCUGUGUGGUGUGUGAUGAGGAGCUGUAUGGAGGUGAGGAGGAGAGUGGGGAGCGCGUGGUGGAGGCCACCAGGAGACGGCUGUUUGUGGAGGCGCGGCUGGAGAACCACGGGGAGAAGGCCUUCGGGACCAGACUCACACUCUCAUACAGCCCCAACCUGGCAUUCAACAGCCUGGUCAUUAAGGGUUCUGCAGACGUCCAGAUUGACUGCUUCAGUGUGCCAGAGCAGCUCCAUCAGAGGGUCUGCAACAUCAGCUCUAAAUUCAUGAGGUCUAAGAGCCAGGUGUUUUUCCGUGUAGAGUUGGAUCUCAGCAGGUCUCUCUACCUGGACUAUGUGCAGGUGACUCUGGAGGCUGCCAGUGAUGGAUAUGAGUGGAGUCCAGAGGACAACGUGAUUGAUCUCUACCACCCUGUAAAGUACGAGGCAGACCUACUCUUCACCAGAGGUUCCAAUGACCCUCGCUUCGAGAUCAAACCUGAUGCUUCUCUGAUGAACCUCAAUGGUGGCAUGAGACCGACCUUUAACCUUUCAUACCAGAUCCACAAUCUGGGCCUUCACCCUGUAGAGGAGCUGCAGUUUACUGUGGAGAUGGCAGCCAUCACCAGCAGUGGAAACCAGCUCCUGCACAUCACGCACUCACACAUAGACCAUCCUGGAGGCUCCCACUGCAACCCAUCGCGCUCCAUCCCUCCGACACGAGCCACACCUGAAGACCUCUCUCUCACGCCACAGCUGAACCAAUCCAACAGCCUGGCCCUGUCUGUGCAGUGCAGCCUGAGGGUCCCACCACAGACCCAGAUCACUGUCACCAUCGGGGGCUGGCUCCACCUCCGCGCACUUCUGGCUAUCCAGUUUAGGAAGCUGGAGCUGCUGACGAGCGCGUCUGUGGAGCUGAACCCAGCCAGCCUCAUCUUCCUCCAGGAGGCACGGCCCAGUCGCCACAUUAUCCUGGAGAUUAGGAAAGAAGAGGACUACAAGAUCUCCAUCUGGAUUAUAAUCGGGAGCACGUUGGGAGGUCUGCUCUUGCUGGCCCUGCUGGUUCUGGCUCUUUGGAAGUUGGGAUUCUUCCGCCGACGAAAGCGUGAUAAAGAGGAAGAAAAUCAGCUGGCCAACGAGACCAUGCCAGAGGAUCGGUAACCUUGGCGUCCGCUCAGCUUCACCAUGCCUCAGGUUCACAGAGGAGACACUAUGGGGAUGGGUGGGAUGGGGUGGGUGUGGCCUAAACCACACAGUAGCCAAACAGAACCUGACUCAUCCUACCUCAACUCCACCCACACAGACUCCUCCCUUUUGUUACGCCUUGACCUUGGAUGCCCUUGAUAACCACGGGAGAACCCACUAACUACACCUGUAUCUAUGCAGCUCCCCUAAGCUUAACUCUACACCCAUGCAGUUGCCCAAAAGCUAACGCUUACAUUAAGCUGUAAUGUGUCCUGUGUAGCUGGUAUGAAACCUAAAGUGCAACGAUGUAGCUGCAUGAAUGCUGAUAACUGGGCCUGCGUAGAUUUAGAAAAGCUAAGAAUCUCUUCCUACACUAUGUCACUGCUCCAAAAUUGACCCACACACUGAGGUCACGAUUCAUGAUGGCUUUUGGGUCACUGCUUGCCUAAGACCAUCUCUUGUCAAUGAUAAGCAUGGUCGGGCAGAGACAUAUGCCUUUUUCACAGAUAGCAAAAAAGAUCUGAAGUGACCUCAAGCAUCUUUCCAUCUCUGCGAUCCAUGGGCCAGGGCUGUGUUGACAGAUCAGUGGUGUGUGUGUUUGGGUGGUUUGGGCACAGGAGGACACACUGAUAGGGGGUAGCUGGGAGUGGUGAAUUGAACACAAAACCUUGUGCAUUUCCUACAAGAAGCAUUACAUCAGGCUACAUUUAACAGAUGGUUUUAUCCAAACAGACGGACACAACAGGGAUCCGACACUCAAAUGCAGGACUACCAAAAGACAUUAUGCAUGCAGCACACUUGUCAGUUCCAAUGCACUCCACAUCCUGAAGCAAGAUGUUUGUCAAUCAAAGACUUCAGAGCAAAGAGCAUAGUGCUCCAGUGCAGAACACUCUAGAAUCCAAUUGCUUUCAACUGUAGGACAUUCCAACUCCUGAUGUUACAUUGUAUUAUAAUAGUCUCAUCAUGUUUUAUUCAUGUCAAGCAGUGAGAUUUGAAUCCUCCCAAAUCAGUGUAUAAUUUAAUGCCAUCUACCAUGCCAUAGGAAGCCUCUAUGAUGUAACCUUGCUUUUUAUAUAAAACAGCAAAAACACAUUGCCGAACCAAAUUAAGAAAUCUUGACUUUGGAUCUAGAUUAUUGCCUUUAGUUGGCUUUACACGCUGUGGUGGUCAUGGAAGUAACGUGGAUGUAUUAUCAUUUUCUAAAUAUAUAUGUCAAUGCACUUUUUUUUACUACACAUUACAAUAGACUUGAAGUUUGUAAAUAACACAAAGUGCCUAAUUGUAAAGCACUGGUAGUACAUUAUAAGGCAUUACAAUGAACCUGUAAAUAUAUGUAUGUAUGGUUGCUUUUCAAAUCUACAGUAAUAUGAACUUGUGCUUCGGGACAUUAUGAUACAUGAGCACAUUGGUCACCGAGAAUAUUAUAGUGUGUGUGUGUGUGUGUGUGUGUGUGUGUGUGUGUGUGUGUGUGUGUGUGUGUGUGUGUGUGUGUGUGUGUGUGUGUGUGUGUGUGUGUGUGUGCCCGCCUUCCCAUAGAUUUGCAUAUGUUUGUGUGUAUGUGCCAAUGGGCCUGUGAAUGGGUGCACAGGCAAAAACCUUCAGUGUUUUUCUUUUUUUUAAACACAGCCAGGCAUAGCAUAAAGAAGAGUAGUGAAAACACUCAAGCAUAGUGUUUCCAUUUCCAAAAAACACAUUUAGUCAGCUACCUUAUUGCCCAUUGACAACUACAUAUUUUGCCAGCAACCAUGUACUGUAGCUAGAAAACACAUGACAUAGGGUUAUCAUCACUGCGGAAUCCACACAUCUAGCCUAGAGCACUUGUCCAUGCUUGUUGUGAAUGGAGAAAUUUUGAUGAUUUUGACAGAAGCCUUUAAUGGAUCCUGUCUCCAUAUGAAGGCUGUACUGGAUGUGAAAUGACUGUCUUGGUUAUGUGUCACUCACACCCAAUGAAAUGAAGGAUGUUUGCAAUUAAGUAAAUAAAGGAUUAUUCUGCCUUUUUCGAUGGG